AUGCCCGGUCGGAGGUUAUUUGUGACCGGUAUUGCCAACACGGUGCCUGAAGAGGCAAUCAGGGCGUAUUUCUCUCAAUUUGGUCCAUUAUCUGAAUUCACAUUGCCUGUAGAAAGGGAAACGGGUUUGAAUAGAGGGUAUGCUUAUAUCGCCUUUUCAAAUGAGACUCCAAUGGCAGAGUGUUUGGAGGUGCCCACGCAUAAGGUUCGCAACAGGGAAAUAAAGGUGACGAGGUUGACAGAUGAAGAUGAGGAAGGAAAGCUUCUUUACUAUGCAAUCAUUACCUUUGGCAAUGAAGAAGCUGUCGAAUCAUGUUUGAAGCUGAAUCACUGUAUCAAUGGACGGUCGAUCGUUGUCAGAAAAGCAGUCACUAAGGAACAGUUCAAGCUAGCUGAACAGUCUGAAAGGGAGCGAGCGCAUUUGGAAGAACACCAAAAGCAUGGAUAUGCUGGGUAUAACAAGGUUCGCACCAUUCUCGUUCCUCAACAACCUCAACUACCCUCUAUGGUUUCCGCAUACACCAAUUGUAGCUACCCAUCACAGAUUGAUAUACACAGCGAACAAUAUCGGCGUGAAUACGAACAAUAUCUGUUACAAAUGCAGGAGUAUCAGAAACAGCUGGCAGAGUAUCACGAGAAACUGAAUAAAUAUCAUGGAGAACUGCAACAAUAUCAAUACAAGACAGCUUUGGAUCAGGCGGCUUUUCAUAAUGCAUAUAAUUAUAAUACUAAUACCAGUCGAGAUUCAUCUGGCUCAAUCGGAACUAAUACGGGUGCUGAAUCAGAUGUUUCCGACAGGAUGCGAAAUUAUGGAUAUGUGUCACAGUAG